UUUUUCUGUCUCGCUUGAAAAACAUCCCCGAAAUCGAGUUUCGCAGGCAAAUUUUCCGACAAAUUUCCGCUGAAAAGCAUCGUUCGACGUGUUACCAUGCAAGGGAUGCCAAUUUCAUCAGUGCAGGAUUCAAAAGUGUUUUUAUUUUGAAAAAUUGAUCAAGUACGUAUAAGUCGCAUAGAAGCUCGUGUCGUCGUACAAGGCAGCAAAAAAAAUACAAUUUUAGUCGUAUCGAUGGAGUAAUUGCGUUAGAAAAUUCGUCAAAAAAAACAGUUGAAACUCUCGAAUUAAAUGACUUUUAUUUUCGAUUAGUGACUAUGACAGAGCCUGAAGCGCAAUUUGAUGCAUAAAAGUGCGUAAAAUCUCAUCAAUCUCCCACAGUCAGUCACAUACCUCCCGUAAUUGAUUCAAGCAGCAAAUUGAGACUCCUAAAAAAAAAAUUCCCGUGAAAAAUGGUCUCUACACGUCAAAUGGCAACAAUUAUCUCACCCGGAGCCAAUGGCAACGAGUACAGUGUCGCAAUUGCGGCAAAUCGGAGUCCCGCACAGCAACAUCACUUUUCGCCAUCAUCCGCAUCCGCCGCAUCCUCCAUCAAUGCAAUAACCAACGAUUCCAAUGAUGACAUUAUCAUGGGAGAAAGUGCUCCCAACUCCAAAGCAGGUGAGUUGACGUUGCAGGAUUUGCCGCCGGAAAUCCUCGAGAAGAUUUUGUCGUACACGAGUUACAAGAGAGUCGGACAAUUGCGUCUUGUAUCGGCACGGAUGAAUGCAGUGUGCUCGUCGAUUCUUAAUUCGACGUUUAAUCGGUUGCAAACGCAAAUGUUGAAGCGUUUUCAGGAGGUUAAGGCCAAAAUGCCAAGAAGAGAAUCAGCUCGUCGUAAUCAUCCUCUUGCUUGUGAAUGUGACAUCCUUGAAACUUGUUCGAUGCGUCUCCAACUCCUUCAAAUGACUUUUGGGAAGCAUAUUGAACGCAAGCAUGUGUGUUUCUUCCCUGGAUCGAUUUUGGAUGAAGUUUAUUCCGUCGUUCACUACAUUCGCACAACUCCAAAACUAGAACGUCCUUACAAAGUAACUGACGAGUUGUUUGAUUUGUCGACAAUGGCAAUGGAAUAUUUCAAGGAUCAGCUUGAACCGCAUUUGCCGAAUGUUUGUUUGAGCAAAGAUUUUUUGGAUUUUCCAGUCAGUAACAGUCCAAGUUACAUGGCAGAAGCUCCCGCAAUGCGUGAAAGUUCUCGUUCGCCAUCGCCGCCGCAAAGUAACAUGGUUUUGCGGAAAGGUAUUCGAAAAAUUAAGCAAGGCAUGAAACGUUACAACAAUCAAUUGACGGUGUUGCGAAACGAGUUGAGAACGUGCAAACGCAAGGCUACGGACCAAGCGAAGCAAAUCGCUGAGCAGCAAAAACUUUUGGCAGAAACCCAAAAGCAAACGCUCGAGUACGCAAAUCGAUUGGAUGAGAACGACAAAAAGAACGAGGAAAUCGCUCGUAAAUUUUCAACGCUUUUGCAGGAACUCAACAAAUGCAAAACCGAGUUGCAAUAUUGGCGUUCAAAGAGUCCCGCAACGCCCGUUUGCCAAACUUGCGGGCGCGUCAUCAUUCCCGUGCCCACAGAUGACAUGCAAGCACUCGCAAAAGCCGAAGAUCAACAUGGCGACAUCGAGAUGGAAGAUGCGGAAACGGCAAAUUUCAACAAUAGCGUGCCCGAUUUCAAACUUUUCGAGAGUCAACCGCUUUCGCCGAUCCACAUAACGUCAUAUGCCGCAACGACGCCCGUUACGACACGAACAAGCAACGGAUUUGCCGCUCCAAAGGCACCCGAAGGUCGCAAACGAAAAUUGAUCGAAACGGAGACAGAUGCGAGCGCCAUCCCGAGCACAAGCAAACAAUCGACGUCGACGGCGAUAUCAGAAAAAAGUGAUAAUUCAACAAAAAUACGAAGAGUACAAAAUAAAAUUAGGUCCCAAUAUAAUGGCGGUAACGUUAAUAGUAAUAAUAACAGCAAGGAAACGACGACGACGAUGACUGCUGGUCCCUCAAACGUUACUGCUGGCAAUAACGGUAACAAAACUCGUAAUAAUAAUAAAUAAUUUGAGGACAUUUUUUCGUCUCAUUUUUCUCCUUAAAUUUUUUUUCGAUGAAUUAAUUUUUUUUUCGUUCAGUUGGUCUAAAAUUAAGAGAAAAAAGUGAAUAAAAAAAUAAUUAUAAAUAAAAAAAAUUGUAAGUAGAGAGUUACAAAAAAAAAAUAAAGUUUAAGCUUUUUAAAAAUUUAAAAAAUUUUAGAAGUAAGUCAAUUACAAUUUUUAUGAUGAAAAAAAAAUCUGACUUGAGUUUUUUAGUAGGUUGUAAAAAAAAAUCUCCUUCUGGCUAAAAGAUACAACGUCAAGUCAAUUUGAAAGAAGAUACAAGGAAGGAGUUCGAAUUACAUUUUCUUCUACUUCUUUUGAAAAAAAAAAUAAUUUGUAACAUAAAACUUAUUCUAAAAAAAUUUUUAAAAGAAGGCAAAAAAAAACGAAAGUUAAAA